AUGGGCAAGACUGCUGAACAUGAGUCAAUUGCCGUUGGUAUGAAGAGGGAAAGACAGGAUUCAGUGUUGAUUUCUGAUUCAGAGACGUAUCUUCCUCCAACUCCUCAGAGUAUUAGGAAAAAGUUUCCUGAAACAUUACCUGCAAGUACAGAGAGCACACCAACCAGAAGAAAACGGCUGAAAAGGGUGCCAUUGAAAUACAGACCAGAGAAAAAUACAAUCCUAGAAGUUCACGACGUCACCCAGACGCUCUCAGAUGAACCAGAGAAAGUAGGGUUCCUAUAUCAUGCAUUGAUCAAUUCUCAACGGAUCAUUGUAGUCAAUGGAGCUGGUGUAUCAGUUGCUUCAGGAAUUCCAGACUUUCGAUCUUCCAAGGGAAUAUUUAGCAAAUACGGCGGAUCCUCGGGAAAGGAUCUUUUCGACAUAAACUUAUUUCGAUCUUCUGAUAAGAUUCAACAAUUUACCAGCAUGAUUAGGGAUCUGUCAAGUUUGGUUGAACGAAGCAAACCCAGUAAAUUUCACCAUUUCAUUAACGAACUAGCAAAAACAUCAAACCUAUUAAGAGUAUACACUCAAAACAUUGACUGUUUGGAAUUGCAAUGUCCCUAUCUGGAGACCAAGUCUCCUUUGCCUAGUAAGGCUCCAUUCCCCAAUGUUAUUCAACUACAUGGGAACAUAAAACAGGUUUCAUGCACUAAAUGUCACAUUAAUUAUCCCCUGGGACCAAAUUUCUCUGCAAAAAUGUCCUGCCCUGAAUGCAUAGAACUGGACAAUGUGAGAGAACUAGUUGGUAAACGGACGUUAGGACACGGAAUUCUCAAACCAAAGAUUAUUCUCUACAACGAACAUCAUCCUGAUGGAGAAGCUAUCGGAGCCAUUAGCGAAAUGGACUUGAAAUCAAGACCUGACUGCCUGAUAGUAGCAGGCACAUCAUUGAAAAUCCCUGGAGUCAAAAGAAUGGUAAAGGAGUUUGCGAAAGCGGUGAAAAGCUGUAAAGGUUGUGUGAUUUGGCUCAAUAAGGAGCCACCUCCAACCUCGAUCAUUAACUACAUCGAGAAUAUGGACCUCAUAGUCGUUGCAGAUUGUGAUUCCAUUCCUGAUUUGGUUUCAGGCUACAAAGACAAAUACAUCUACAAAAGAGUAAAGACCUCUACUCCUCAAAUUAAGAUUGACAUGCUGAACACAUGUAAAAUAUAG